AUGCAGGAAAUAAAGUCUUUGAUGCUUAAAACUUCCCUGGGGGAGGACACCCAGGCCGCCAGACUGGAUCAGGAGGGACGCUCACAGAGGGAAAAUGUCAGGAUUCACGGGAUAAAGGAGGGAGCGGAGGACAACGCCACGUCAGUGAUUGAUUUUAUUGAGAAUCUCCUAAGAGAAAAGUUGGAGUUGCCUCCAUCACUUAACCUCCAGAUCGAGAGAGCCCACCGGGCGCUUGUGUCACGGCCCCCGGAUUCCCCACCGAGGGAGAAGAAGGUGUUUCUGGACCAUGACUACGCUCCGGAGGUAUUGAGAAAGCGGAAGGAGUAUGCAGAGGCAAAGAAAGUUUUGAAGGAGAAGAAAAUACGCUUCCAAACACCGUUCCAGGCAAAACUACGGGUGUUUUACCAGGGAAAAAUCUACGUUUACAACACGGCUGAAGAGGCGACUAAGGACAUGGUGAGGAGAGGGUUUCAGGUGGAGGUGGUGAAACCCAUGGAGAAUGGACAAGAGAGGCUCUGCUGCUGUGCAGACAUGAAUAGCACCAACAGCCUGAAUCCUUUGUAUUUUCAGUUCACUCUGUUUGCAGACUUUGGGCCCCUCAGAUAUCUGUUCUUCAGUCUGUGUCUGUUGUUCUACAUGACUGUUGUCUCUGCUAACAUUGUCAUUAUUCUGUCAGUCUGUCUGGAGAAGUCUCUGCAUCAGCCCAUGUAUAUUUUUAUCUGCUGUCUGUCUGUUAACUCUCUGUACGGCUCAGCCGGCUUCUUCCCCAGGUUUCUGAUGGAUAUUCUGUCUGACACUCAUUUAAUGUCACGUCCAUUAUGUUUCAUUCAGAUAUAUGUUAUUUACAGCUAUGCAUCAUGUGAGCAGACUAUUCUGAGCAUCAUGGCCUACGAUAGAUUUGCUGCUAUUUGCCAUCCUUUACAUUAUCACAGUAAAAUGACAUUUAAGAUGGUAACACAUCUUGUGACUUUUGCCGUGCUCUACCCUGCAUUUGGUGUGGGUUUUAUGCUGUAUCUUACUCUCCGAUUACCGUUGUGUGGCAAUAAACUGCACAGAAUUUUCUGUUCCAACUGGCCUGUGGUUCAGCUCUCCUGUGUUGACACAACUCUGAACAACAUAGUAGGUCAGUCUCUUGUGAUAACAAUCAUCUUCAUCCCCCUGUUCUUUGUCCUGUACACCUAUCUACGUAUUCUGCUUGUUUGCAGGAGAAGCUCGUCUGAAUUCAGAGGAAAGGCGUUACAGACCUGCCUGCCUCACAUCGUGACAUUCAUGACCUAUUCUUUCUCUCUCUUCUGUGAGCUGUCAUUGACUCGAUUUGAGGCUGAUAAAACGAAUCCGAUCAUCACAGUUGUUUUAUCUUUAGAGUAUUUGAUGAUCCCCCCCAUUAAUAACCCUCUAGUUUACGGCCUGAGUCUGCCUCAAAUCAAAGGAGUGAUUUUUAGAUUUUUUAAGAAGAUUCUUGCUACAAAAUGUAAAACUUGA